GGCGAUUCCACCGGGUUUCCAACGGUGCCGUUGGCACAUCAGUCGGGCUUCGUAGAAAGAUGGCUGCCGAGAAUCCUGGCACCGCUGCAAAGGAAGCACACGACCAGAAGGUGGCAUGGUUCAAGGAGUACUUGUACAACAACAGGGAAGAAUGGGAGCGAAAGAUCGAACUUCGCCUUGCAAAUGGAGAUCUGCGCAUUCCCUUGGAGCUGAAGUCGCUGCAGAGCGCCCAGCCGGGCUUAGAGAAGAAAGUGCUUCAGGAUCCUGUGAAGUAUUUGCCCGCCUAUGAGGAGGGUCUCUUGGGAUUUCUGGCAGACACAGCGCCCAAGGCACUGAAGAGCCUGAAACAAGCCUUGCGCCUGGAUCUGCAGGGGGCCUUCGGGCGCAACCACGUCACCCCUCGUGGCAUGACGGCCGAGUACACCGGUCAACUGAUGUGCGUUGAGGGCUUAGUCACGCGCUGCUUGGUGACGAAGCCAAAGCUCUUGUAUUCCAUGCACGUCCGCAAGGAUGUGGACGACAACUAUGUGGAACAGCGCGACCACAGAGAUACCACCAGUUUAGUGGUCACGUCCAGAAGCGCUGCCGGCUUUCCAAAGCAGGACAGCGACAAGAACGACUUGCAGAUGGACGUGGCCUUCAGCGUUUAUAAGGACUCGCAGCAUUUCACCAUCCAAGAAACGCCAGAUACGGCGCCACCGGGGCAGAUUCCCAGGAGCAUCAAAGUGAUCUGUGAUGGCGACCUUUGUGACAAGGCCAAACCUGGAGACCGAGUCCAGGUGAUUGGGAUCUAUCGAUCCUUUCCACCGCCUUUGCAGGACUUCACCGACGGAGUCUUCCCGGCAAAGUUGGUGGCCACAGACAUCAAGCCGGUGAAAGAACUCACAGAGCCCAACUUUACGCCCGAAGAUAUCAACAACAUCCAAAAGAUUGCGGAGCGAGAGGACACCUUCCAGCUCUUGGCACGCUCCUUUGCGCCCUCCAUUUGUGGACAUGAGCGCGUGAAAGCUGGUUUGUUGCUCCAGAUGCUUGGUGGUGUUGAAAAGAACCUGUCGAAUGGCACGCAUUUGCGCGGAGACAUCAAUGUCUUGUUGGUGGGCGACCCAUCCUGUGGGAAGAGUCAGAUGCUUCGCUUCGUCAUGAACACCGCUCCACUGGCCAUCAGUACCACUGGUCGGGGCUCCAGUGGUGUUGGCCUCACUGCGGCCAUGAUCCGGGACGCAGGAUCUCGAGAGUUUCACUUGGAGGCGGGCGCGAUGGUCUUGGCAGAUCGUGGGGUCAUUUGCAUCGACGAGUUUGACAAGAUGAACCAAGUGGAUCGCGUGGCCAUCCACGAAGCCAUGGAACAACAAUGCGUGACCAUCGCCAAGGCCGGGAUGCACGUGACUCUGAAUGCGAGGUGC